CUAUAAAAAUGGAGUACCUUUUUUGUUCAAAUGUUCAUCUUCUGCUCAAUAACUCUCUUUAUUUUUCUUAAAGAUUCAUUUGUUUUCGACUCAAAAAAACUAAAAGAUGGUGAAAUAUGAGGAGUUACGCCAACAGAGAUUGGAAGAAAACAAGAAAAGAAUGGAAGAACUCAAUCUUCCUCUGCUUUCACAAGCUCUCAAAAAUUCGACUUCCCCCAAAACUACUCCUAUGAAGAAGACAAAACCUCGGAUUAUCGGAACAGAGCUAGUUGCUGUGAGAAGAUCACCUCGUGUUGCUAAAAGCCCUGCCCCUGAAUACAAAGAAGUGAUUCAUUAUAAAAGGGUGAUGAUACCAAGAAGGUUGGCUACACUAACGAGGAGGGAUAGGUUGUUAUUUUCGUAUGCUUCGGAUGAAGAAAGGGUUGCUUCGAUAGAGAGAGCAGAGAAACUUGAAGCAAGUCUUGGAUCAGACUAUCCUAUAUUAGUUAGACCAAUGCUUCCUUCCCAUGUUUCUGGAGGUUUUUGGCUGGGUCUCCCAUCUAAUUUCUGCAGGAAGAACCUCCCAAGAAGAGAUGACACUAUCACCUUAAUAGAUGAAAUGGGAGAAGAGUGGCCAACUGUAUACUUGGCUCAAAAAAAUGGACUUAGUGGUGGAUGGAAGAAGUUUGCUGUGGAUCAUGACUUGGCCGAUGGAGAUACAAUCGUGUUCCAUUUGAUUCGUCCUACAAAAUUUAAGGUGUAUAUCAUAAGAGUAAACAAUGCCAGUGAGAGUGAAGCCUUUUAAAAAUCCAGGGAGAAGAGAAUGUUGUUGCUGCGCGUUAUUUGUUUCUCUGUCUAAUAUUUUGUCGGAUUAGUUUUAGUAGAUCUGUCAACAGCACAACAAGAGGGGGGGUUGAUCUUAGUAGAGUACAUAAAAUUCAGGAAUCAUAGUUUUGCAACUCCCAUAAUGUUUAUCCUUUUUGAUGUUGCAUGCUGAACUUGUCCUACAGAAAUGCUAAUGUUAAUGCUAGUUAUUA